AGCACUAUAUUACAUGGCAAAUGGCUUCUGCCAUUGCUCUUGUAGGCGCGAAUUCGCCGCUGCUUGCCUAUUGGCCCUUUGUGGGCGUCGAUCCUACUGAGGAGUGGAUGCUCACUUACGCACCGUUCACUUGGCCGCCGAUCCCUGUCUGCUACACAGAAGCUCCGGGAACCAACAUCCAAUUCGAUUUUUACGGGAGUGAGUUCCAGCUGCUUGGCCCAGAGGAACAGGGAUGUGGAUACACGCUGCUCAUCAAUGGCACGGACUCGGGAAAGAAUGGUUUUGCUGAACCCGUCCAGCUCCCUGCGGGGCAGUAUCAUAUUGAGGUCAAUCUCAGUUACUCGGCUGGAGAAUUCUUCAAUUUUGAAGGCUUCGCUUUCAAGUCGACAGAAGAGAACAGCACUCUGAAGGACAUUACGACGUUCAUCAACGCUCCUAACAUUCGUCCAACAGGACAGUGGGAAGAGACAACGCUUUACUCAGAAUUUUAUCAUGCAAACUUCACCCAAUAUUUGACCAACAGUACGGGUGCUCAACUUGAAUACAACUUCCAAGGCAUACAGACCACGAUCAUGGGCUCUGUUGGACCGAGCGCCGGUCCUUUCAGGGUGACAAUCGAUGGGCAGUCUGAGGUUCCGCUGUCGGCGUAUCGGCCUGUCGCGGACGACCUAGUCACGCUCUACGUGAAGCAGCUGCCAUUCGCGGACAAUAGCGGCAGUCAUAAUGUUAUAGUGACGAAUCUCGGUCAAACGAAUACUGUGACUAUUUUGGCCAUAAGCUAUGAUCAGCUUGUUUCUUCGACAUGACUCCUGGGAGCGGCCGAUGCGUAUUGGACUGUGGAAAGGCAGACAUAAUGUGGGGUUG